AUGAUUGGGAACUGGUUUACUAAAACUACAAAUAGAGAAGUAUUCAUCAGGCACAGGAAUAACCUGUGUAAGAGUCUAACAUCAAUUAGUCUCACAUACAAGAAGGAAUUCAUAAGGCCUGAAGAGGGUUGGAGAUGGCAGAUCAUACCCUCAUCAAAUGAUAUAAAAAAGUUGCAGCUAAUGAUAUCCUCGACUCUAGAGGAUUGUGUAGAACUGAGGAAAGGAAGAGGGAAGACAGAUCGAGGGAUGUUGAGAGGAACUAAGAAGAUUAAGGGAAAUAGGAGAAUAGCAAAGAGAGGCUUUGAGGUUGAGGUUGAGGUUUUGGCGAGGUUAGUUGGUAUUAGUGGAUUCGGAGAAAAGGAGUUGGGAGGAGGGAAUUUCAAGUUAUAUCCUGAAUUUGAUUCUCAUGUUGAAUUCAAGGGAAAAUACAUGGCAGCAACAAGGAAGGGAAAUGCAAGUAUAGGGAAAGAAAAGAGGGAGACAUCUCCUUCAACUUCAAGUACCCUUUAUAAGAAAAAUCUUAAACCCUUAUCAAACUCUUCUUCCUCAAUCAGGGAUGAAACUACAAGUUCUAGUAAACCUAUUCCUAACUAUCUCAAACCCACCAUAAGCUCGAGCCUCGAUCCAACUAAACAAGCUAAGAAAUCGAGUCUUGACACAUCAAACUCUAAGCCCGCGUACACUAGAAGGCGAUCCUUCGACCUGCCCCCAUCGGCUUCUAAGGUGCAAAGGGCCAUAGGGAAUAGUGGGGCGCGCAAUAUUAGGCCUAUUCGAUCCUCGUCCUUUUCGAACAAUUCACUUACUCCCUCGUCAUCCUCUUUUGUUAGGCCAUCAUCCAAUAAGUUGUAUGCUAGAACCUCGAGUUUGAAGGAUGGGCAUAUUUCAACUCGCAAUCUAAAAAAGAGUAAACAACAACCAACAACACCAUCGAUUUCUUCUAAGAGUAUGAUUGAAGAAUCGAGUGUUGAUGAGGAAAACAAUGAGUUGGUGAAUCUCGAUGAUCAUGAGGUUCAAUCACUUCCCGAGAUGUCAGAAAUGCCUGACACCAACGAGGAAUUGGGUGACCCGAUUAGUGAUCUAUUGGUAGAAGAGGAAGUAAAACAAGUUGAAAACGAUACUAAUGAUCAAGUAAUCGAGAAGGUUGCAACAGAGGAGACUAAACAAACAGAUCUUAGUGAAGAAACUGCAGGGGAUCAGCAAUGUAAGGAUGAAACGAGUGCGCCUCAGGUGGGCCCCACUGGGAUAUCGGAAGAAGAAACUACCGAGAAUGAAGCUGUGAUGGAAGAGGAAGAAACCGAAGCAAUAGAAACAGAAGUCGAGGCUGAAACACAACAAUCUGGUUCUGUUGGGAAGAAUGAUAAGCAAGCUUAUAAUGAAGUGAUUGAAGAAACUGCUUCCAAACUUAUGGGAGGGAAGAAGAACAAAGUUUUGGCAUUAGCUGGUGCAUUUGAGACUGUUAUUUCUUUGCAAGAUACUAACAAAACCUGAUAGGCUAGUCGUACGUAUACAUGUACAUUUGUACGUAUACAUAUGUGUAUAUUCAUAUUUGCUUUGUAUUUAUUGUUUCAAUUGUAAUCACCCUGUUUUAGUUUUAGAUCGUAAGACAAAAAUUAUUAAUAUUUAAAUGCUUGAGUUGUACUGAAUUGUCCCACAUCCUUGGUUGAAAGAA